AUGGGAUUUUUGAGUGGUGUUCUCAGUAACAUCCAAAGCCAUUUAGGGCAGCAUAAAAACACUUUAGAUAGUGCAAUUGAAGCUCUUAACAAAAAUAAACACCUUGGUAAAAAAGGUUUUAAUGCUGCGAUUGGACAGGUGGUCGAAGGGGUGGGGGGGUAUAAUGAUAAAGUGAAAGAGUCUAAUAAAAAAGUUAGAGAUCCUAUAACUACACUUAAAGAUAAGAUGGAGGAACUCAAAACAACGGUAAGUCAAAUUAAUACAAAUAAUUCUGUGCAGGGCCAUGACUUCACUACGGAGAAUGAGCGAGUGGGCGAGCAGCUGCAGAAGUUUAAGAAACACGCCGAAGCAUUUUGCGGAAGCAUGAGAGAUGCUGAGAAAAACAUUUUAGACCUUAAUAAUGAUUGUAGAACUAAAGUAAAUAGUGCAUUGAAAAUUGUGACGCGUGAGUCAGCGAUUGUACAUAGAGUCUCAGAUAAGGCAUCGGAAGACUACUGGAGCAUGGGGAAAGAAAUUAAUAGAAUCCUGGAAUAUCUCAAAACUGUGAUGCACGAAAAAAUUAGCACUCAAGUAAAUGACCUCGUUAGGCAGUUGAAGGAGAGAGUUAUGGUAAUUCAUUCAAAGCUCGUAAACAUUAGUAAUACGCUGCUGAAGUAUAUCAAGGAGCUUAGCAAUUGGAUUACAACGACCAAUACGUUCAUUGAUAAAGUUUGGACGAAGAGUAAGCGUAUUGAGAAUAAGGUGAUUGGGGAAGAAAAUCAGGAGAAGCUUAGGGAUACCGCAAAAAGACUUGUGGCGUGGAAAAUCACGCUCAACGAUUACGUUGAGGGCAUGAAAAGAAAUAUCAGAGAGAAGGUUAUGGAGACACUUAAUGCCGUGAAGGACAUGGACGGGAAGCUGAAAGAGGAUUUGUAUAAAAUGAAGCAAGCGGUGGAACAGCAGGUUAAGGAGAUCAAAAUUAAAAUUGGGGACCUUGGUAAUACGUUUAAUGGUCUGCGAGGUUCCUCGCCGAUAAGUAUAGAUGGGAUUAUGAUACGCAUUCAAAAGGAGGUGGAAAGUAUAAAAAAGCAUGUUGGAGAUAAGAAAGAGGGACGAAGUGUUAGUGAUCAAACGGAUGAUAGUAUACAACAAAAUUGGGAUGCGCUUAAAAUCGAUGUUCGGCAGUUUGUUCAAAGUUUGACAAACGCUGGAAGCUCAAGUCUAAAGCAGAUUGAGGAAGGGGUGAAAGAUUACGCUCAGAAAUUUGAAAAUGGAGCAUUUGUUCGUGUUUUGACAACGUGGGCUGAUACCAUUGUGGAUGAGAUUAAAGGCGAAGCACAAAAGUACAUCGGUUAUUACGUAACUACCAAUACACAAAAUAUGAGAAAUAAAUUUGAUCCCCAGUAUGGCAACCAUAGAGGUGAAAAGGCUGUAAAAGAGGCAAUAAAAGCAAAGCUUCCCGGUGUUAUACACGGGGCUGUUGUAGAAGCCGCCAAUGCUACAAUUAGAGACACAACGGUUCAAAACGUUGUCGCCAAUUUUGCGCGGUUUGCCGACGAGCUUUAUAGCAACCUCAUUAACAAAGCACUCGUUGAAGCCGCACGUACGUAUCUCGAGGGAGAGGAAGCAUUGAAUGUUAAUAAUAUGCGAGGCGUUGGUUAUAGUGAUCAUUUUCUCACUCAGGCCCUUACCACUGUACUCAAUUCGGUUGCUACAUGUGCAAAGCAUUUCGCGAAUGAGCUUAAGUCGUUUUUCGACGCGUCUCAUAUAAAGAAUAUUUCUGGAGCUCUGGCAGAAGUGAAGGAUAUCGAUGAGCAAUUUGAUGAUGAUCCUACUAAUGCAUCAUUAAGCACGGAUUACGGUGGGAAAAUUGACACGACAUUGAAGGAUAUGCAUACGACUAUAAGUAUGCUGCACCAUAAACUCACAACGGCUAUACAACCUAAUGCCCUUGGCGUUGAUAGACCCGCCGCCGCCGUCGACACCGCGAUCGACGGGGUGACUAGCAAGCUGGAGGAGCAGUUGCCGAAAGAUAAUGAAAAACUAACUACCCAUGUUAAGAUUUCCACUGACGGCGACAUAUUCGUUGGUUACAAAAAGUAUGUCAAACAAGACGCAGAAGCACUUGAAGCCCUUAAGAACGAACUAAAAGGAGUGGAGAAAGAAGGCUCCCUCCCCCAGGCGAUCGGCGCUAUUCGCAAAACAUCCGAUGAAAUAACAGUCAUUGGAACAUUAAACGAACUCAGCAAAUGGUCCGAAAAUAUUACCACAAAUCUGAACUCUCUAUUAUCGGUAUUUUCAGAAGAAGGAAAAAAGGUCAGUGGAUACUUACGGCACAUGAAAAACGAUAAAAUUGACGAUCAACUUAAAUACAUCAUAACGAAAAUUGAGAAACUGCAACGCGACACGUUGUACGAUGCCAUCCAGGCUGCCACUGAAUUUGCACAAGAAGCCGAUAACUUUGGUGAACAGACCACUCAUGAGCUUCAUUCGUUUGUUUAUCAACAAAUUAAUAAUGUGAAAGCCACCCUCACCACCGCCGCCCGCCGCAACUACGUCUCCUCCGUCAAAGCCCUCCUCACCGCGUUCGCGGACAAGGUCAGCCAGGAGUUGCGGGGGUUGCCGGAGGAGAUUGAGAGGGAUCUGCGGAUCGGGUUCAAGGGGUUGAUGAGAGUGAUGGGAGGGGUUAGUAAUGUAACUGGCAAGCCUGUUGCUGCGCCUGGGACUUCGGAUACCGAUGCGAAAAGUUUGCUUGAUUCUAUUAAGGAACUUGCUCAAUCCCGUGAUCCAGACACACCCAUGAAAUCCACCUUCACCAAAUUGUCAGAAGCAUUCAAUAACUAUUUUAAUCCAAUUCAGACGUACGUUAAUGCACAAAUUAGUGCUAAAAAUCCAUCCGAGCCUGAGAUCAACAAGGCGAUCACAGACGCCAACAUCGAGCACCUCACCGACGUCAACACCAAAUUCGACGAUUUGCUCAACCACCUCAAAAACGACACUAAACCACCCAGAACAUAUAUAUUCGAUCAUACUUACUCCAAUCUACAUUCCCACCUCUCCUCCUCCCUCACCGCUCUCCACCCCUCCCACUUCGCCAACCCCCGGCACCCGGAGCUGCUCGAUGCGGUCAGAGCGGGGCUGGAGGGGUUUGUCACGGAGAUGGAGCGGGUGUAUGUGAACGGGUAUGAUAGUGAAACUUUCGGUGAAUUAGUGGAAACUAAAAAAGGUGAUAAAGAAGAAAAAUUAACAUCUUACGGUAAAAAGGUUUCUAAGGUCUGCCUUAACGUGUUGUCCAUCUUGCAUACGGAGUUGAACAUAUUGGUGAAGUAUUGUCUUUCUACAUGUAAAACUGAACAAAUAGAGCACGAGACUACUCUGGGAAAGUUUUUUGCCGGCAAUGGAUAUAAAGUCUCUGAACCGGAAAGAAAACACUGGGAGCUGCAAGAUAAAAGCACGAUGACGGGUUUCUUUAUUUGCAGACGCCUCAUCGGCACUAAAGACAAAUACGUGUUCAAGAAAAAUGAUGCGAAUCAAGAAAUAGGUGCACUUAAAACGCUACAUCAACAUCUUCAAACAUAUUACAGAGUCGGGCACGUUGCCACUUCAUCCUCCAAGAAAACACCAUGUAGCAUAUUCGAGAUGCUCUGUUGGUUGUGUGGUCUUCCGUGUAAUACGGCGUAUGAGGAGCUUCUUGUUGACGGUGUCAGCGAUUUGUUUGUUGAUCCAAAGAAGCAAGUCAGCGACGGGGAGUUAUCUGCCACAGUUGUCGGCGAAGAACCCGUAUCGGCUUAUCCUCAAGACAUCUCAUAUGAAAGCACCCAGUUAGCAGUGAGACGCCUUUGCUCAAGGUCAUACGACGUCCUUAUUAAAAUUGUUGGUUACGGAAACGCAUACACAACCUACGCCGUCGACUACUGCGACAACAGCCUACAACUAUCUUACCCAUCGGAUCCGUCGCAGUGCCUCGAACUAUUGAUGGACAUCCUACGCAGAUUGUUCCCCGUGUUCAGAUUCUUGCAUAGCCAGUGUCAGCUGGAAACUAAACAUCACGGUUGGGCAAAUUGCCUCUACGGCAAAGAUAUCUCGACCGGUAAAUCGCAUUGUGAUAAGCAUCCAGAUGACAAGCAAACCGACUGCCUGCCUAGAUCACCACUCCAAUCAUAUCUGUCCGACACGCUCCCCGGCCAUCUUCCUCACAACCUGACUGCCAUGGGAUGCAAAUCCGUAUGCAGCAACUGCCCCAAAGGCGCGCCUGGACAGCCGUGUCUGACACCACUUGGCUUUAGGGGUUUCUCUGGAAGUACGAAGACAGGCAGAGAGCUAUGGAAAGUGCUUGGCAAAUUCUUCGACAAUUCGAAUAUUAACACGCUGUUUGGUCUGAUGCCCAAGCCGCCGUCUACAUUGCCCGAACACUUUGAGUUCGCGUCGGCCCUUGUAAGAAGUUGGAAUGAAAAAAUAGCACCCAGGCAUCUCACGUGGUUGACAGACGCCGUUACUAAACAAUCGGUUAAACUGCACGACGUGCCUACGGAAUUCACUGAUGCGCUUCGUAAAGCUUAUGGUAGCAGCCGGAAUACGCAUGAUCACGGCACCGCUACUCCUCCCGAUCUGUCAAGCCUAUCGAUGACUAAAUCGUGCCUAUUUACUCCAAAAGACAACAUAUACUGCGCUCCCUACCUUCAGUCAUUAUGCCGCGAUUCGUAUUAUUAUCUUGCCAAGAAGCAUUCUGCUGCGUACCUCUCUUGGGCCGUAUACCUUCCAUGGGUUUUUUGGAAUUCACUAAACAAUCUAUACAUCGCAUUCUGUUCCAUCGCUUGUCAAGACUGGGGAUGCCAGGGUUGUUUGCGUGGUGAAGACUGUAAGAGAGGACAGCACGGAGCAAACUACAAUUGCAAAUGCGGAAGUAUUGUAAACUGUCGCGGAGUCUUGAGCACCUUCUACGCAUACGGAUUCACAUUUGGUGAAUCAAGCAUUUUGCUCGACACGGAUGGAAUAAGAUAUUGUGGUCACUUUUACACUCAACUACGCAACGUACUCAAUUCGAAAUAUUUCGCUGACCUAUUUGACAAGUGCGACGAAUUCCUCUUCAAGAUCCGCGCCCCCUUCAUCUGGCUCAACGUCGCCCUCUGGCUCCUCUCUUUGUUGUACCUCCUCCACAUCAUGGUCAUCCGCCUAGACCUGCUCCACAUCAAAUCGCAUUUGCACAGUCCCUCAUCGCAUCGCAUCGCCGCGCAAUCACUACUCGCAGCUGCACGUGUUAACAAACUGGGCAGGGUGUUUUACCUGCAACCAUAA